AUGAUUGGAUGGGAAGAGGGAUUCAGAGACCCAAAAUUGACUGCAAGGAGGAUGUCCCGAGUGCGGAUCGGAAUUGGAGCAUUUAUCAGAUUCUGUCAUCCAGUUCAGCUGUCUCGCGACAUCAGUUACUACAUCAACAAGGCUCGAGAAGACCAUAACAGCACUCACGCUGAAAUAUGGGCGGCAACAGUAGUUCUUCAACGCCUUCUCGUCUGGAACGGAGUUUGGGAAGAGAAUGGCAAAGAAAAAAAAAGAGUGAAAAGCACAGGGCCUGGCCGA